AUGGCUGCCGAAGCCUCCACAUCUCAAUCAUCAUCAGCAACAAUCACAACAAAAAAUGAAAUACAAGUUAUGAUGUUUCCAUCAUUUGAUGUUCAUAUGUUUGAUGGUCAAUUCAAUUUUUUGAUAAAUCGUUUACAGAUAAAUGAUCGUUUACGUAUUCCAAUUCAAGAUGCAAAAGCUACGGCACGAUCCUUGCUGAAUCUUUAUACACAAGCUGUUAAUGCCAACAUUGGUGCUGCUGAUUUAUUUGAUCGUCUUACUGAUUCUCUUCGAAUGCCUGGUGAAAUUGCUAAUACAAUUGUUGAUAUUUGUCAAUCGGUGCCGUACUUGAAAACACAAUUUAUUUCACAAUCUGGUCUCUGCAUAUCAUAUCCUGAUCUCACUGACAACAAGAAACGACAACGCACAUUUGCGCUGAUGCAGUCACCAUUGAUCAUUGAAGCUACAACUCGUCUCAUUGCCUUCUUCUCGAAUCGUCAACUUUAUAUACCAUCAAUCAAAAAGCUAAUUGAAGAUUUUAUUGCCUGUCUUCCGGUGAUCAAAGACAGCAAUCAUAAUCGAUCAUCGACUAAUAUAUCUGAUUUGGUUGAAGAAAUGCUCACUCAAACUCGAAUAGAACUUGAUAUUGAAACUAUUAAUCGGAAUUCGUUUAUGGAAUCUGAACCACUCGAUAAUCCAUCAAAUGCACAAACACUUACCGGAAAAAUAAUUGUUAAUAAAAAGGUUAGAGACUGA